AUGACUGAUUUACGAAUAGGAUCGACAUGGUUGAUGUGGGGGGCGUGGUCUCCCUGCACUGCUGUUUGUGAUGGGGUCAAGGUCAGGUCACGUGACUGCAUGAAUCCAAAUCCCGAGUAUCGUGGUGGUCUGUGUGACGGGAGUUUACGGGAGGCGAUCACGUGUGGUGCUACCUGCAGUGACAACAUGUCAGCCAAUGGAACGUGGAGUGGGUGGCAAGAAUGGACAUCCUGUUCUGUGAUGUGUGGAGGUGGGACAAUGCUCCGAAUAAGAGAAUGUGCUAACCAUACGCUAGAGGAGAUUGCCUACUGCAUUGGAACUAGUCACGAACAUAAAUCUUGCGAGGAGAUAUGUGGAAAAUCCAUCAGCUGGGGUGAAUGGGGGGACUGGACAAACUGCAGACAAACCAACCAGACUGAGAGAUACAGGAGGUGUGUUGUACCUUACCCUACACAGGAGACGGGGGAGCCUUGCUAUGGCGGCAAUAGGGAAGUUAAGGGAUGCCCACAUAAUGAUACAUUGGCCUAUAGUCUACUUAUAUAUUUACCUAUUGCUAUCAUCAUCUCAAUAUUAAUAAUUACUGGAGCUGUUUUACUAAUAACGUGCAAAGUUGUAGGCUUUAAAACCCGGUAGACAUGCCGUAAAUAGA